AUGAAAAGAAGUUUGGAUGAAAAGCAGAUGAAUUUGCAUGGUGAUGACAAUAAUGUAUUCAGAUACACGAAUAAAAACAAAGUUGUAACACCAGAAAAACGCGAAAAGGAUAUGGCAAAACGUGCGAAACAAGCCGAAGCAGCACGACUUCGCUAUCAUCGCUUGAGUGCUGAAGAGAAACGUGAACUGAAUGUGAAAAGAACACUGGCACAGAAAAGGAAAAGACAACGUGAAAAAGAGAUGGAAGAACUGGAAGAGCUUCUUCGACAGACCAAUGAUAUACAGGAGGAUCCGGAGAUCACCGAGCAAUUGAGAGAGAAACGAAUGCGUGCACGUUGGGCAGAAGCAGCACGAAGUCGUUAUCAGCGAAUGUCAUCCGAAGAAAGAAGAGCACAUAACAACCGCAGACGUAUGAGGCAGAUUGCUGCGGCUGAAGGACUCAAAGGACCCGACGGACAACCUAUUAGUGGUCGAGUGAGCAUUGAGGGAGUGCAGUCGUUCGAUAGUGCCAUACACACAACAGUGCAUACACAAUUAAAAGACGAAGAAGCUAUUCGACGCCAUAUCAAAGAACAGAACGCUAAGAAGGCUGAAGCUGCACGUCUCAGAUAUCAUCGUAUGUCUGAAGAGGAGAAACGAGCCUACAAUCAGAGAAGGACGGAAGCAUUCCGACGUCGUCGUAUGGAAGAGGAGAUGUUGCUGGCGAUGCCAAUCGGACGUAUCAAUGGUGAGGCAUUAGAUCGUGCCCAGCAAAUCGUUGUGCGGAAUGCGAAGAGGGCUGAGGCUGCGAGACUCAGAUAUCAACGAAUGACACCAGAACAAAGGAAAGCCUACAAUCAGAAACGUUAUACACCGAAGCGAAAACGUGAAUCCGCUGAACAUGAACAAAAUGGUACAAAUCGAGGCAGAAAGAAGACUCAAGAUGAUUUCGAUGCAUUGACAACACUCGAAAGAGAUGUCAUCAAACGCACUCAACAGGCACAACAAGCGCUAAUGCGUCAACAACGUAAUCCACCGAACGCCACCACAACCACCACAUAUCUGAGUGCAACACCCAUCCAGGGUAUCCAGGGAACACCAGUUGGAAGCGUGGUGCAGUGUGCCACCACACAGAAUCUUGGUACGAUCCAAACCGUUGGGAAUAUGAACAGUUCACAUAUUCAGCAGCAACAAAACCAACAGCAACAGCAGUCUCAGCAGCAGCAGCAGCAAAUCACUCAAUUGCCACAGGUUCAGCAUGUUCAGCACCAGCAACAAAUCCAACAACAAGCUCAGCAGCAAUCCACGCAAAAUCAAAACCAACAGCAACAGCAACAAACAGCCACACAACAAAAUCAACAGCAUCAGAAUCAGAUUCAAUACACCAGUUUACAGCUCUCCAAUAGCACACCAAUGAUGGUCAAUCAACACUUACAGUCGCAGCAACAAAUGGUUAAUCCUUAUACCACGGUAUAA